AUGGCAAGCUUGGGGGGUUUUGUGUCUGUAUUAACCUUUCUCUUGUUCGUCUUUGUUGGUUUAAUGUCUUCUUCAUCUGAAGCUGCCAUACAGAAAUAUCAGUUUGAUGUUCAAGUGAAGAAUGUGAGUAGGUUGUGCCAUGCAAAACCUAUUGUAACUGUGAAUGGAAGAUUCCCGGGGCCAACUAUUUAUGCCAGAGAAGGAGAUCAAGUGCUUGUUAAUGUUACCAAUCAUGCACAAUACAACAUGUCGAUUCAUUGGCAUGGACUUAAGCAAUAUCGUAACGGUUGGGCAGAUGGACCAGCUUACAUCACUCAGUGUCCGAUACAGACCGGAAACAGCUAUACUUACCAAUUCAACGUUACUGGGCAGAGAGGAACACUAUGGUGGCAUGCACAUAUUCUCUGGCUGAGGGCCACUGUCUAUGGUGCAAUAGUAAUUAUGCCUAGACUUGGAACACCGUUUCCUUUUCCACAACCUGCUAGAGAAUUUGAAAUUCUCCUAGGUGAAUGGUGGAACAAUGAUGUGGAAGAGAUUGAAAACCAAGGGAACAAAAUGGGAUUGCCACCAAAUAUGUCAGAUGCACAUACAAUCAAUGGAAAACCAGGACCACUAUUUCCUUGUUUUGAAAAGCACACAUUUGCAAUGGAGGUAGAGCAAGGGAAGACAUACCUCAUCAGAAUCAUCAACGCUGCACUCAACGAUGAGCUUUUCUUUGCUAUUGCGGGUCACAACAUGACAGUAGUGGAGGUUGAUGCUGUUUAUACAAAACCAUUCACCACUCAGGCUAUACUAAUUGCUCCUGGUCAAACCACAAACGUUCUGGUUCGUGCCAACCAAGUUGCUGGAAGGUACUUCAUGGCUACCAAGGCUUUCAUGGAUGCUCCAGUUUCAGUUGACAACAAAACUGCUACAGCUAUAUUUCAAUACAAAGACAUACCAAACACUGUCCUACCCGUUCUUCCACAGUUGCCAGCUACCAAUGACACGGGUUUUGUUUUGAGUUACAACAAAAAAUUGAAGAGUUUAAACUCUGCUAAGUACCCUGCAAAUGUUCCUCUCAAAGUUGAUAGAAACCUCUUUUACACUAUUGGUUUAGGGAAGAAUUCUUGCCCUACAUGCCUUAAUGGAACCCGGUUUCUUGCUUCCAUAAACAAUGUAUCUUUUGUGAUGCCUCAAAUUGCGCUUCUCCAAGCUCACUACUUGGAUAUCAAGGGUGUUUUCAGAGCUGAUUUUCCUGAUCAUCCUCCAACUCCUUUCAACUAUACCGGUGCACCGUUAACAGCCAAUCUCGCCUCUUUAACAGGCACAAGAGUAAACAAGAUUUCCUUCAAUUCUACCGUGGAGCUAGUUUUACAGGAUACAAAUCUCCUCACAGUUGAAUCACAUCCAUUUCAUCUUCAUGGAUAUAACUUUUUUGUUGUUGGAACUGGUAUUGGUAAUUUUGAUCCUGCUAAAGACCCUUCUAAAUACAACUUAGUAGAUCCUGUAGAAAGGAACACAGUUGGGGUUCCUACAGGUGGUUGGACAGCAAUUCGUUUCCGAGCAGACAAUCCAGGUGUCUGGUUCAUGCAUUGUCAUUUGGAGCUGCACACUGGUUGGGGUUUGAAAACAGCUUUCCUUGUUGAAAAUGGACCAGAGCAAAGUCAAUCUGUACUCCCACCACCAAAGGACCUUCCAUCAUGCUAG